AUGGAUCAUUCACAUCAUCAUCACGCUCACAAGGGAACUAUUGGUAACACCGCAGUUGCCAACCAACCGUCAGAUCAUAUGAUGAUGCACCACGCGAUGUCGUUCCAUUUUGGUACUGAGGAGACUAUUCUCUUCGAUUUCUGGAAAACUGAAACAGCUGUUGGAAUAGCCGUGUCAUGUUUUGUCACUGUCCUCCUGGCUUUCCUCAUGGAGACUAUCCGAUUCUUCCGUGACUACAGAAAAGCUCAAAUCCAACUUCACCAGGCCCCAAUUGCACCAGAAGACCGUUUGAAAAGAUCUCCCCAACUCGACCUGAUUGACCCACUUCUCCAACUCUUCCAACUCACAAUUGCCUAUUUCCUCAUGCUUAUUUUCAUGACAUUCAAUGUUUAUCUCUGCUUCUUCACCGUCGUCGGAGAAAUCGUUGCUCAUUUGCUCUACCGUACUCUCUACCCCAACUUGAACUCUUCUUCCGCUGGCCAUUGUUAA